CUCAAGUAUAGAAGAAAAUUGGAAAACUGCAUAGAUCGAGCCACAGCAUAUAAAUAUAGAGCGGCCCAGUGCAUUAGGCACAGUUCUCUUUUAUCGCUUUCGGUGUUCGGUCAUAGUAUUCUGUCUUACGCAUUUAGUCGUUUAUCAGCAUGCGUGGAUUUACCGUAGUCUUAGCUGUGUUGGUCGCACUGGCUUUCCUCUAUCAAAGUGAAGCAGCGGCUAUUGAUGAGCCAUCUCCCGCAGCCGCAGCCGCAGAGGAGUCCAAAGCAGCAACUAAUCUCUUAGACGUAGACGCGGGCGGCGAGCAUAGCAGCGACUCGCAGAGGUCGGCCCGUCAAUAUGGCUACGGAUGGUCAUAUGGUUGGGGUCAGCCGUGGAGCUACUACAGUAACAGCUGGAGCCGCCCAUGGGGUGGCUACGGUUGGGGUGCUUGGGGCGGUUAUGGUGGUGGCUGGGGCCGCCCAUGGAAUUACUGGGGUUGAAUUAAAGUAAUGUUGUCAUAAUUUGCACCUUGCGUGAAAUAUGUGAUUAAGAUCAGAAUUGGAGAAAAAUAUGGCUUGUAAUUAUUGAAUAUGACAACUAACGCUUUGAAUUGAGCAAUAUAUGUAAAUUCAUAUACAUAUGUACAUAAAUAAAAAUUGGUUUUGAUUGGAA